UGGGGAAGGCCGGAAGUUGCGACUUCAUUGCUCGCCAUUUCAAAAUGCUGCUGAGGCCUUAGGGCCUGUUGCUGCCUACCCCUUUUACCCCUGGCCGGGCUCUGCUGGGGAGCGACUCAUGGAGCGGCCGUAAGUUUUAUUAACAGACUGCAAUUUCAUCACUGCCAAAAUGACAUCAUUGUCUACUUCUGCCCAGUGUUCAACAUCUGAUGGUGCUUGCAGGAUCUCUUCAGGACAAACCAAUAAGGUACGACCAAAACUGCCACUUUUGAAGAUUUUGCAGGCAGCAGGUGCACAAGGUGAAAUGUUCACUGUUAAAGAGGUCAUGCAUUAUCUAGGCCAGUAUAUAAUGGUGAAACAGCUUUAUGAUCAACAGGAGCAGCAUAUGGUAUAUUGUGGUGGAGAUCUUUUGGGAGAACUACUAGGAUGUCAGAGUUUCUCCGUGAAAGACCCAAGCCCGCUGUAUGAUAUGCUAAGAAAGAAUCUUGUCACUUUAGCCACUCCUACUACAGAUGCUGCUCAGACUCUCGCUCUCGCACAGGAUCACAGUAUGGAUAUUCCAAGUCAAGACCAACUGAAGCAAAGUACAGAGGAAAGUUUCAAUGCCAGGAAAAGAAUUGAAGAAGGUGAUAUUCCCACACUGCCUACCUCACAGCAUAAAUGCAGGAAUUCUGGAGAAGGUGAAGACUUGAUAGAAAAUUUAACCCAAGAUGAGACAACUAGACUGGACCUCGGUUUUGAGGAAUGGGAUGUUGCUGGCCUGCCUUGGUGGUUUUUAGGAAACUUGAGAAACAAUUAUACACCGAGAAGUAAUGGCUCAACUGAUUUACAGACAAAUCAGGAUGUGGGUACUGCCAUUGUUUCAGAUGCUACAGAUGACUUGUGGUUUUUGAAUGAGUCAGUAUCUGAGCAGUUGGGUGUUGGAGUAAAAGUUGAAGCUUCUGGUACCGAGCAAACAAGUGAAGAAGUAGGGAAAGUGAGUGACAAAAAGAUGAUUGAAGUGGGAAAAAGUGAAGACCUUGAGGACUCUAAUAAGUCUUUAAGUGAUGACACUGAUGUAGAAGUUAACUCUGAGGAUGAGUGGCAGUGUACUGAAUGUAAGAAAUUUAACUCUCCAAGCAAGAGGUACUGUUUCCGUUGCUGGGCCUUGAGGAAGGAUUGGUAUUCAGAUUGUUCUAAGUUAACCCAUUCUCUUUCCACAUCUGAUAUCACUGCCAUACCUGAAAAAAAGGAAAAUGAAGGAAUCGAUGUCCCUGAUUGCCGAAGAACCAUUUCUGCUCCAGUUGUUAGACCUAAAGAUGUAUAUAUAAAGGAAGAAAAUGCCAAACUUUUUGAUCCUUGCAGCUCGGUGGAAUUCUUGGAUUUGGCUCACAAUUCUGAAAGCCAAGAGACCAUCUUAAGCACAGGCGAACAGUCAGAUAACCUUUCUGAACAGAGAAUGGAUACAGAAAACAUGGAGGAUUGCCACAAUCUCCUGAAGCCUUGUAGUUUAUGUGAGAAAAGACCAAGAGAUGGGAACAUUAUUCAUGGGAAGACAGGCCAUCUUGUCACUUGUUUUCAUUGUGCCAGAAGACUAAAGAAGUCUGGAGCUUCAUGCCCUAUUUGCAAGAAAGAGAUUCAGUUGGUUAUUAAGGUUUUUAUAGCAUAGCUGAAUCAGUGAAUUACAGAGAAAUAUUAAGAUGGCUAGGUCAUGCAUCAAAAUGUCAGUAUUGAGCAUCUCUACUCAUUGUGACGUAUUGCGUCGUUCAUUUAUUCAUGUAAACAUCUGUGUUACAGGACAUUUUGCUUCUAAACUUAUAUGAAAUUUGACGGCAAGUUCUUCAGAACUAUGUGAAAAGAUGACACUUGAUUCUCCCUCUAAAGAUGAGGAUCUGGAAGGGAACAACUAUGAAUACAAACAUAAAAGUACAUUUAUUCAUUCAUUUACUAAGUUAUUCGAAAGUUAAUACUUUCUAUAGUUAAUUUGAUUACCAUACCCUUCUGUUAGGUAAUGUUCUUAGGCAUCAAAAUCCAAGGUAGCUAUUAGCAAAAUAUUAGAGCUAACAAUGAAAAACAAGUGUUCUGAUUAGUCAAGUUUUAAAGUGCUGUGGAUCAUUUCGUGUUAAAAUCAGCCUGCAUGGUUCAGAGAAUCCAAACGACAAAAUCUUGAAAAACAAGAGAUUUCUUCCAUGUAUAUUUUCAAAAUUGAGCUGUGAUUAACAUGUAAUAACGUGUUCCCUUCUGGAGACUUACAGAAAUCUGAGUAUCAGCCUCCCAAAAAGCUAUGUAACAUUUCUUUGAUCUCAGAAUAUUCCCUUUCAGGCAGUCCUUCGAUGACUUUCAUGACCCUCACCUGUUUUCCUUUUGCACAUUUUUAACAUCUAAAUUUUAAAAAUUUAAGUACUUGACAAAUGGUAUACUAUCUAAUAUGUUGUAUAUUAUAUAUGCUUUAAAGAUAUUCUUAUCAAAGCCUUGGAGCUGUAGAUUUAGCUGAUUAAAUUUAUAGAAAAAAACCCUCUCAUAUAAACUGGCAAAGCCUGUUCUACUUUAAAAUUAAUCAGCUGAAUCAGACUUAAUUUUCCACCAGAAAAUGUCUUUUAAUUCAUAUAAAUGUAUUAACAUAAGUCUAUGGCGCAUUCUCAAUAAUCAGUUCUAGGUUAAAUAGGUAAAAAGAGAAGGCACAGAAUUUUUAACCAAAGCUCUCUUUGCUUUGCUGUCUUAGACCUCAUUUUCUCUUGGGAGUUAGUUGUUAGGUGGUGGUUUUUUUUUUUUGGUCCCUUUGUUUGGUACCUCUGGAAUUUAUACCCCGAGGCAGUGCUCCAUAGUCAGAUUCUGGAUGGGUGAGGAGACCACCUUUUGUUGAGAAUUGGAGUAUGGUGAUUAUGAAAAGGGAGGUAAUUAAAGAAAAAUGGUAGACAUAAAAAGGCUACGAGCAGGGCACAUGUUUUGGUACAAUGUAUAUAGAAAUUGAAGAUCUUUAAAUUGAUUUCCUUGCGUUCAGGUCUGCUUACCCCCUGGGAAAAUCUUGAAGGGUUAUGAACAUGUCAUUUUGAAGAUCAAGGUCCCGGAAUUACCAAACAGACUAUCUUUAAAAAAAAAAAAAUUACCUAGGUUGGUGCUAAAAAAGUGCUGAAAGGUGGCACCCACAUACACCUAGGGUGGCAGGUUCUAACCCAGCCUGGGCCUGCUAAACAACAAUGACAACUGCAACAACAACAAAAAAUAGCUGGGCAUUGUGAUGGGCGCCUGUAGUCCCCAGCUACUUGGGAGGCUGAGGCAAGAGAGUCGGUAGAGCCCAAGAGUUUGAGGUUGCUGUGAGCUGUGAUGCCACAGCAUCCUACCAAGGGCAACAUAGUGAGACUCUGUCUCAAAAAAAAAAAAAAAAAAAAAAUGCUGAAAACCCUGGAGACUGAUUCCUGAGGUCUGGGCCUGGGAUUUGCUAUUGGACUAAUGUUCAUGGAAGUUUUCUGCAGAUCACACUUUCUGAAGCAUUGUUCUAAAAGGUAGGAUUUCCCUUUGUUUUUCUAAGUACCAAACAAAAAGUAUGCAGAACAAGAUCACUUUAUUAUUGCAUAUAGUUUCUAGAGGGAAAGUUUUUUUAAAAUUACAGAAUUUUAAAACUAUGAUGCACUCAUGUAUUUAGUACCUCUUUGCACACACCUGGGAUAGGGUUGCUAUUAGAAGCCCAGUCUUUCUCUUUGUGUGUGUGUGUGCGCGCGCGCACGCGCGCGCAAUUUUUUGUUUUGUUUUGUCAUUAGGGGAGGGGCUUGUUGACUUAUGAACCCAAGACCUUUUGCAAUGGGCAGAGUCCAGGUUGCUUGACUAGUAAAUUUUUAAAUAAUGCUUGUUACUCUCUCAUUUGUGAUAUAUUUUAAGUGAUGGUGCUUGCUGAAUUUGGGACAACUAAUCUUAAAAUAUAGAUCUUUUAGUGAGUGGUUUUAGAGAAUGUAAUUUGCAGCCAGGAUAAGAUUUGAGAGAAAACUGACUUUUAAUACUUUCUCCCAAAAGAUAAAGGCCCUAUAAAUGUCAGGCUUUCUUAUCUGAUCAGAAAACCACUGUGAGGACAAGUAAAAGUGAGAGAGGGAAAAGAAGCAUUUUCUGCAGCAUAAUGAAGGUCAAGUCUCUGGCUCUCUCUAGGCAUUAGGGAGAAGAGUCCCUCCCUCCCCCCAGUAAGCAGAACCAGUUCUUUGAAUCGUUUUAUUAUACUGUUGUUGAAUGUUCUAAAACUUGAGAAAGUUAAAUUUUCUCUUUCCCUCGGAUAACACUCUCUACAACAGUUUAAUAGCCCUUCGUUUUAUUUUUGCCUGUCUAGUGCUUUUGCAAGUGUAGGUAGGGAGAAUUGAGGGCCUGCCUCCUUAAAGUUGCAGUUUUUUGUAAAACUUGAAUAAGAAAUAAACAUUUUACUUGUGUUUUAGAUAUUUGGUGUAAUUUUGGUACAUCUUUGCCCAGCACAGAAUACUCUUAAUGCUACUCAUCUUUGUUCCUUUUCCUGUUUGCUCACCUGGGUUUUCUUUCCACUGCCCCAUUAGCACUAAAUACUUUGCUUAAACAUCAUAAGAUUUAUAUUGAGCCAAACUGCUUGCUUACUUACAGGAAACUUUAAACUGCCUUCUUCAUCUGUUUUUGACUUUGUUCCUUUUUCAUUGCUACAUGGUACGGAUUUUUUUACUUACUGCCACUAAAGCAAGGCGCAGUUUUUAAGUGAAGUCAUCAGCACUGACUAUUAUACAGAUGCUUUUUUAAAAAUUUGAACACUUUUGACUUUUAAAUAAUUGAAUUUAGUUGUAGUUGUGGGGACCCUAUCUUUUGGCUUUUUAGAGAUAGUGCUGGUUUGCUCCUAUAUUUCAGCACCCAUUGAUUUGUCUCUAUCUCUGCCUUUUUUCACUUUCAAGUGUCUUCAUUUGGAUAGUAGCAGAGGGAACUACUUGGAAAAAAAAAAAAAGACAUGUUUUCUGUCUUCAAAACUUCCCCCACUCUUUCCCCAAGCUAAAACCUAUGUCUCUGCCUCAGGCUAGUGGUCUUGAAAGAUAGGAAAAUUUCUUUUGUCCUUUGUAAUACAGAAGAUGACUCUACUAAAGUGUCAGGAUAGAGGCCCCCGAAUGAGCAAAGGUCUGGGCAGAGGUUCUAGUGGUCAGAAGUUACAGGUUGGGACAAUGAAAAUCAUUAACUAUAGUUAAAUGACAAUCCCCUAGAGCUGACCUUUAUAUUUCUGCUUAUGUUUAGGAUGCUGGCAUUUAGAUAGGAGUCUCCAUCCUCCUCAUUUACUUAAUAAACUCUUUCCUUCUGCUCAAAUCACUUAUCCUCCCUUUUUUUGAGGAUAGUGCUAAGCUUUCACAGAAUGUUAAGUUAUAUGGUCACCCUUGUUAUAGGUGAGCUGUGCUUGAGUUGAAAUUCUUAUUGUGAGAAAGCAUCUGUUAAAGGAGUUAUUAGUAAGAGCUUAGUUUUCUGCUGUCAUGCCUUAGACUUAAAGAAUAAUGAAAUCAUUCAACAGAUUUCUUACUUUGUCAUUUAAAUUAAUAUUUAUGAUCAUGUUAUCUUAGACAAAAAGUUCAAAGUAGAAAUGAGAAAUCAUUAGAAAAAUAGUGAAUUUUUAUAUUACCGCUAAAAAUGUCUCCUUUUAGUAUUAAGUCACUUUUCUCGCAAUGUGCUUAACAAUAGUUGGUAUGUUUCUGUAUUUAAUACCUAGAUCAGAAUUUAUCAAAAUCUUAGACCAAGCCUUUACACUAUAAUACAUUUCGCCACAGUUCUCCUGUGGAAUAUCAUAGGUUUCUAAUCCUAUACAAUGGAUCAGAGUCCAACCAGGCCAGCCUCUUAAACUGCCACAAACUUGUAUAAUAUAAGAUCGAAUCACUGCCAAGCAUUUGAAAUGUUAUUUUGCUUUAAUUAUAAUUUAUGUGUAUUUAGAUUCAUUUAGUAAUGCUUUGUAGGGCAUUAUUUGGUUUGUAAGAAUUUAUUUUAUUUUUUUAUUUUUUGUAGAGACAGAGUCUCACUGUACCGCCCUCGGGUAGAGUGCCGUGGCGUCACACGGCUCACAGCAACCUCUACUCUUGGGCUUAUGCGAUUCUCUUGCCUCAGCCUCCCCAGCAGCUGGGACUACAGGUGCCCGCCACAACGCCUGGCUAUUUUUUUUGUUGUUGCAGUUUGGCCGGGGCUGGGUUUGAACCCGCCACCCUUGGCAUAUGGGGCCGGCGCCCUUCUCACUGAGCCACAGGUGCCGCCCUGUAAGAAUUUAUUUUUAAAGGUCAGGCUCAUUUGUAACUUUUUUGUGUGUGUCAGUUCAAUGCAAUGUUGGCUCCUUUGCAAAUUCAUUAAUGAGAAAUGGGUGAAUGUUCUGGGGUUCUGCAAAGCUAUUGUAAUGUUACCUCUUGAUUCUGUUUAGAAAGGAAGAAACUUGUUAGCCAUUUAUUUGGGUUUUUCCCACAGAAUUAUGUGAACUUAUAAAAGUAUAUAGCUACUGUGAAUCUGUUUUCCAGUUCGUCCAUUAUCUGCUUAAAUUAUUCAGGGCCAUAUUCUGAAAAAGAAUUGGUUUUGGUAGUUCUCCCAUUCAUGAGUGUGCUUAUUAGCACAUGCAUGCUAUCAAAACUGAUGUUAUCUUUGCUAAAAUUGCUGUAGGUUAGGGACUAGCUAUGUUUAGAAUCUGCACUUCAAAGAUAAAGGAACCUGCAAGCUCUCCCUGUGCCAAAAGUAAAAUGCGCAAUGUUUACAAAUGUCUGGAAUUUUGCACUGCAAUAGGGAUUGUGGGGGUUACUGUGCUAGAAUUUCUCAGAUUUGUGAGUAGACAAGUUGCAAUUUAGCCAUAUGAGGGGAAAUAUUGAGGACCUCGAGGCUAAACUGGAAAUUAAGAGUAUCUCAGAUAGUGUAUUAAGAUGGCUCCCCAGAACUAAUUUGGGGACAGUUUUUCCUGAUUACUUUGAGAUAUUCUUUUUGUUGACAGAGCUUCUUUAUUAUCUGCCUUGCUAUAUUUUGCCUUUCUAGGAGCUGCCAGAGCUCUUCUCUCCUGUGGGAGAACGUCUCUUAAGCAUUUUGAGAUCUUUUGAUAUAAUGAACGUGCAAUCCUAAGUAAUGCCAUCAUUGGUGAAUGUGGCAUUGUUAAAGAAACCAUUACAGUAAGCCUACACUUGGAUUUACUGCACCACUGUCUGUCACUCUUUAAAUGACUGAAAAUGUUACAGAAAAAGAGGCAUAUCUGCAGAAGGUGGUAGUUGAUAUUUCUUGGUACCUUAUUUGAAAUCCAACGUGCUGCCUCCCCUGCAGGUUGUUUCCCUUCAUGUGGGAUCCUCAUUUAAUGCGCCUUUUGGGAGCAUAGCAUAGCUAGUAGAACUCCCCAUUUCUUAGGUUGGGGAGGGUCAAAGAUACCUGAAAAGGCCUAGUAGUGCUAGAAGAGCCAUUCCUUCUUCAGAGCAGUUUCUGUAAUUUGGCAAAUGCUUUAUUGAAAAUUGGCAUUAUAAUUAUAACACAUUGAGAGUUUAUCAGAGCAUCUACUUUCUUGCCUGAAGGUGGUAUUUUUUUUAAAUAGUUAAGUACUUUGAUAUUAGCAGACCUUUCUUCUUCUUCCUUCCUUUACUGUUGCUCUUAUAUCCUCUUAAUUCAAAGUUAUUAGCUAAUUCUAGGUAUUGUUUUUAUACCAGAGGCCUUCUGUUUCGUCCCUUGGAUGGUUGUAAUUAUGAUACUUCUAGGUAAGAGUCCUUUUUUCCAGUCAGUCUUAGGGAAUGUUUCUAUUGCAGAGUUAAGGGUAGAUUCUGGUAUUGAGGAAGGGAAGCUGUGAGGGCAGAGCUACUAUCUAAUAAAUUAACAAGGUUGGUUGAGGCUUCCUUUGAAUGUGUGAUGUGGGAGAGGGGAAUUCACUUCCCUAUUGUCUCAGUCCUAAAAAAUUGAGGUCAAGCCUGGUUUCUACCUCCUGGAGGAUUAUUUAUUUUCUCUGUAGUUUGCUUCUUUUUUUUUUUUUUUCACUUCCUUUUCAAUAAGAACAUAAUAUCUCCUUUGAGUUUUUUCUUUUAAAACCAACAACAAAAAAGCAUUUUAAUGGAGAAAUAAAAUGUUUCUUGGCCUUCUCGGCACUUGGCACAGAAGUCGCAAGCAACCUCUGAAUACACUUUUAUCUACAGCUGUGUACUAUUAAGUGCUCUUGAAUAUAGAGUAAGCCGUGAGUCCUAGUCUUGACCUUCUAAAGCCUCAGUUUUUAUCCUCUAUAAACUGAGUUCACAUAGCUACCCUUUCUACCUCAUAGUUUGUUGGGAUUAAGUAUGGAGCAGCAACUCGAAAAGCCUAUACUUGCCUUGAAGAGAGAUGAGAAGAUGUUUAUCCUCUUGAUCAGCGGUUCUCAACCCGUGGGUUGUGACCCACAGGAACUGUAUUAAAGGGCUGCGGCAUUAGGAAGGUUGAGAACCACUGCUCUUGGUAGACCAAGCUCUGGGGUAUGUCUUCAGAAUACCUCGAGUCCUAGAAGCUGAACACAAGCUCUUUAUGCCUGCCUAGCAGAGCCUGUAUUGCUUAUUACAUUUACCAUGCUUUCACCUCACAUACCGUGGAAGUAAGGCUCUUGACUAGAAACGAGUUGUCUCUAGGUGUUCUGUAAGAAGUGUAUAAAUUUGAGUAACAGAUUUUAUCUUUAUAAAACCAUGUUGUUUUAUAAAGACUACUUGUUGUGAGUCUUGAUGUACCAAAAUUCUCUUUCUACACACACUUAAGUAGGUGGUAUAAAAUGCAUGCCAAUAUAGAGAAAACGUGAUUUUUCCAUAUUUCUGAUCAGGUAGCCACAAUCAACAGGAGUAGCAAAUGUGGUUUUAUCAACUGGGAGGAAAAAGGCAAUUUAAAAUAACUAAAAAAUGGCCAGCUCAAUAAAUGAGGAAAGAAGGAGGCAUUUUCAUGUAUGCUUGCCUAGUUUUAUUUAUAAGCACCUAAAUAAACAUUCUAAAUAAGUCAAUAACCCUGUAUCUUUUUGGUGUUUGCACUAUGUAAUGCUUUUAAUAUCUUUUGAUUUAAUUGUGCCUUUUUGUGUAUUAAAUAUUUUUCACUUU